AAAUUUUUAAUAUCCGGCACACCAACACUAUUGGAAUUGGAUUUUAUAACCAACACAAUAGUUUGCGAUACGACAACACUGAUGUUUGACAUUUUAUUUUGCUCUAUAUUUUCGUAAAUUGCUGUCAUAAGUUUUUCUUUCUAUAUAACGAAUUCGUUCGCGAGCACCAAAAGAAGUCUAUCAGCCGUGUAGUGAAAGAAAAUUUUCUCAAGGAAAUUUUUCCUAUUUAGUCUGUAUCAAAUUUGUAAAGAAAUGUACAAAAAUUGAGCAAUGCAGGUGCAAUACCUUAUUUCUGUACAAAAAGUGCAAAAUUGCAAAGUGAAGGUGUGUAAAAAGCGUAGUGAAAAAGUGGUAGAAGAAAAUUUUCUACAUCAGCAGUGACCAGUCCAACCAACAAUAGCAACAUCAUAACCACCACUAACAACAACAUUAGAGUUGUUUCACAACAACAUCAGAAGCAGCCACACAACUAAAAGCAACUUCAACGACAUAUCUAGACGAGACCUACACCAAACAGUUUAACAAAUGAAGUAAUUCAAUUGGCCAACUAGAGCUGAGCAUCGAGAUUUUAUGAACGUGUCAAAAUCUGUUAAAAAGCAUACAGUAUUAAAGAAAAAAUUUAUAUAUUUACCAACUUAGAUGGACUGGAGAUUUAACUGCACCUGUGUGGCAAAAACUAAAACUAAGUAGCUUCGAGGAGCAUCAAGCAUGAGAACGCUUUAUAAAAAAUAUGAGUGCACAAUUGUUUCGAGGAAGAUAAAUGACAAUGUCAUCCCGUAGGAAGAGCACUGCUGCGAUAUUUCCUCAAAGAGCAGCAGUUUCUGUCACUUCAACUACAAAUUAAAUAUAAAAAUAAAUCCUACAGUGUAGGAAAAUAAAAAGUUUAAGUUAUUCUUUAUGAUCAUUACACCCAUACACACACGCACACACACACAUACAUACACACACGCGCGCUUAAGAACAGGCGAAAUAUUGUUAGAAGAUAAAAUGUUGUGGAAUAAAACGAAACGGAGCAAUAACUAAACCAACAAUAACAAUAAGCUGACGAGAAUCUCGUUCAGCUUACAACAACAAAAACAGCAAUAACAACAACAGAAAAAAACUACAACCAACGGCCGUGAAGAUGAGUCGUGAAGAGCCAAAAUCGCGUACAAGCAAAUCAAAAAUAACUCAUCCCACCAUCAACACCACUAACAUCCCCACCAAUAAUUCAAAUACAACAACAGCUACCACAGCAUCAUCGAUUAGUUAUACCACCUGCAGCGAUCCAGGAAGCACUGUAAGUUCCAGCACUAAUACCGCAGCAUUCCUAUCGGCGAGCAGUUGCGCUGAUGGCCAUGGCGUUAAAAUCUCCACCUCGACGCCAAAUAAACGUUUUGAUUGCGCCGCCAAUACUAGCGGUGGCAGCGGUAGUGGUAGGUGUGGCGGAGCUGUCGGGGGUACUGCAUCCAACGCAUCCUUGCGUGAUAUGCUAAACGCCGCCUUUUCACCGGACGAUAGUAUUGCCGCACCAAUUAGUCCACUUAACGCCGUAUCGGCACAGGGUAGCUUCAACAAGAGCGCUUCCACUGCUAACAACUCAACCGGCAGUCCGGUGGCCAAACGGCACUUGAGCGCUUCGUCUAUGACGCGCAUGCGUCCACAAUCGAGUUAUUCGGCACGUGCGCUAGUUUUUGAUGACUCGGAUCAGGAGUUGGGCGCAAGUGGUGGUAGUGGCAGCGGCAACAGUGCAAGCAGUAGUCCACGUGUGAGUAUCAACAAGCAGCAGCAGCAGGAGACAGGCGUUGGCGUUGGUGUUAGCGUUGUCAAAUCAUCGACGGCCAUGGAGAUGCUAAGUACAUCGCCGAAAUUGUCGGGUAUUGAGCAUAAUACAAGCACACCUUCGUUGACCACAUCGGCAUCGUUAUUGCGUAAUUCGAAUUUGACCAAAUCCUCUUCAGGUGGACUCUCUGGUAGCACAGUUUCGUUAACGGGACGUAGUUAUAAUGCGUUAUUGCGUAAGAUCUCCUACCAACAUGGCUACUCUUUGCGAUCGUCGAGCAAUGAUACAUCGAAUCUGGUGCGCAUGCGCAAUUCCUCGCUAGGCAAAUCGGCGCCUUGUCUCACCGGUAGCUAUAUGCGUAAUAACAGUGGUGCCGGCGAUUCUUCCCAUUGUUUUAGUCCCGGUCCAAAUCCGCUCUCACAGUCUCAUUCUUCAGCUACUUGUAACAUACAAACUCAUACAACAAUGCAUCAUUGCCACUCGUCACCGAGCACUGUGGGCGCCCAUGGUAACGGUGUGGCUGGUACGUCCGCCGCUACUGCAAACCCCAGCGGUUUGAACAUUUCACGCUCAAAUAGUGGUGUUGGCUUGGGUAUUGGCAAGCAUCAUUUGCAUGGCGUAGUGAUGCGUGGCAGUAGCGUUGGCGGCACAUCUAGUGGAGUGGCACAUCAUCGCCUCAGUUUGGUUACGGCUGGCAUAAAUGCCUGUACGACUUCACCGCGUUCACAUUCACCCUACUCGGCAAGUCCUGUGGACAGUCCACGUAUAAAUUCACCAAUGCAAUUUCCAUUUGCGCCCAUUAAGCGCAUUGCAUCGUGCCGUGGCGAUGGUAGACGUUGGUCGGUAGCUUCAUUGCCUUCCUCAGGUUAUGGCACCACGCCGGGAAGUUCGAAUCUGUCGUCACAGUGUUCCAGCCAAGAAGCACUCCAUCAGCUACAACACAUUCCACCCGGCGAAGAGGCUGCCGCACAAGAUGUGAAUGCGAUCACAUGUUGUGUAGAGCAUUUACAAGCAGCCAUAGCAGCGGCACCGCGCGCACACUGUCAGAAGCAUUGUGCACUUUUAACCGGCGCAUAUACGCCAACAACGCCCACACCUGCAACAGCAAUAGCUACAACGAGCAAAACGACAAUGUCCGUCCCAUACACAACAACGAACACGAAUAUGAGUUUCAAUAGUGGCAGCAAUAGCGCAAGCUUUCAAGAGCCAAAUAGGAGCAAUGCGACACUCACACAACCACAUUUGGCACAAGUCGCGCGCCCACCUUGUCCAAAUUGUUGUGCAGAUAGCAAUAUUUUGUGUGCUGGCGGCAAAGUUUGUGGUGCUAGUGCUGCUGCAGCGUCUGGCACGCCAUCGAACGCUGCCAAAAUGCCAACAGGCGCGCAUCCACCCUGCCCGCCCAACGCUGCUGGGAACGUCAGCAGCAGCGGUAGCGGCAACUGUAGUCAUACGUGCGGUGGUUUAGCCGGUCGCAUGUCGCCCUUUCACCGUCCACGUUCACGCUCGCUCUCAAGUCCAUCACGUUCACCGAUAGUGGACAAUGAGAUUGCCAUGAUGAACACGCUGUAUAAGGAACGCUUUCCGAAGGCCACACAACAGAUGGAGGAACGCUUAAAGCAUUUCAUAAAUGAGAAUAAGAGUGUGGCAUGUAAUAGUUUUCGUGAUUCGCAGCCAAUUGUGCGCUUUGUUCAUCAUCAAGUGCUUGAAAUGGCACGCGACUGUUUGCAUAAGUCUGAGGCGAAACUAAUAACUUCGCGUUAUUUCUACGAAAUGAGUGAGAAUCUCGAGCGUUUGCUCUUGGAAACAAAAGACAAAUCGCCAGAGGCAGCUGCCGAACUAACUGGUGUGAUUAAAAAAUUACUCCUGAUCAUAUCGCGACCAGCACGUUUACUUGAAUGCUUAGAAUUCGAUCCGGAGGAAUUCUAUCAGCUACUAGAGGCUGCUGAGGGUCAAGCUAAAGCCAUACAGGGCAUUAAGGCCGAUAUACCACAGUACAUUAUACAUAAAUUGGGUUUAAACCGUGAUCCCAUAGCUGAAAUGCAGCAGGAAAUGAAAGAGACUCAAGCUGUUUGUGAGGGCAACCUCUCGGGUGGCGAUGCAAAUGCUCCAUCAACAGAUGUUGCAAAAGGACAACGCACACCAUUACUGCUGAAUUCACCACUCACAUGCGUUACAGCCAACUUCAAUGCAACGAAUACCCUUUUAACCGCCGAUGCUCAUAUUGCAAAUAGCGGCACAUGUACACCACAUCCGCCACUACCACUACAACCACCACAAACACCGGUUGCUGGUGGUCCGGACAUGCCCAUGCCCUCUUUUGCAGCUGCUAUUUGUACAGCAGUCGCCAAUGCUACGCCUACUGCUACAACAACUACAGCACAGCAGGCUGGCACGCAAGCCGCGCAACAGCCGAUACCGAACGAACACGAUUUCGAUAUUGUUAAACUGAUCUCAAAUGGCGCCUACGGUGCGGUGUACCUGGUUAAGCAUAAGACUACACGCCAACGCUUUGCCAUGAAAAAAAUUAACAAAAAUAAUCUCAUAUUGCGCAAUCAGGUAGAGCAAGUGUUUGCCGAACGUGAUAUACUCUCGUUUGCCGACAAUCCAUUCGUCGUUAGUAUGUACUGUUCGUUUGAAACGAAAAAGCAUUUGUGCUUGGUAAUGGAGUAUGUGGAGGGUGGUGAUUGUGCAACACUACUGAAGAAUAUCGGCCCGCUGCCGCCUGAUAUGGCGCGAUUUUAUUUCGCAGAAACAGUAUUAGCGGUAGAAUAUCUGCAUAGUUAUGGUAUUGUGCAUCGCGAUCUCAAGCCUGAUAAUUUACUCAUAACGGCUUUGGGGCAUAUAAAACUCACGGACUUCGGUUUAUCAAAAAUGGGUUUAAUGUCAUUGGCAACAAAUUUAUAUGAAGGCUACAUCGACUCGGAGACUAGGCAGUUUUCCGACAAGCAAGUUUAUGGCACGCCAGAGUACAUAGCGCCGGAGGUGAUAUUACGUCAGGGUUAUGGCAAACCGGUCGAUUGGUGGUCAAUGGGUAUUAUAUUGUAUGAAUUUCUUAUCGGAUGCGUGCCAUUUUUUGGCGAGACAGCCGAAGAACUCUUUGCACACACUGUAAAUGAUGAUAUUGAGUGGCCCGAUAGUGAUGAUUGGGAUGUGCAGCCAGAGGCAAAGGAUUUAAUAACACAAUUGUUGCAACAAAAUCCGCGUGAACGCUUGGGCACCCAAGGUGGCGCUUUGGAAGUGAAGGAGCACAUUUAUUUCUUGGGUUUAGAUUGGAAUUCAUUGUUGCGUCAAAAGGCUGAAUUUGUGCCACAAUUGUCCUCCGAGGAUGAUACGAGUUAUUUCGAUACACGUAUGGAUCGUUACAAUCACGAUUUGGCUGGUGAGGACACUGACGACACGGACGACACACCAGUUUUUGGCUCAUUCUCUUCGCUAACACCACAAUAUCGUAAGCAACACUACUCAUGGUCGCGUGUACCCUCGACCAGUUCGAGCGCUACAAUGACACCUACUACAGCAAGUGCAGCAAUAAAUUCGGCAACACCUACGUCUGCCACAACAGGCAAUUCAACGGAACCAGCUGAAGCUAAAACUGUUGGCAGCAUUGUAACUACAGCAAGCAACACUUCGAUUGUCGAUAGCUCAACCACAGUAGAUUCGUCUUUGGCAUUGGUUAAAUGUAAAAAUAACUCUGCCCUCUCGCCAAGCAUGAGCAGCGAUUUUAUAGCGAAUAAACUGUUGACCACUCCACAUUUGCGCAAACUUGACCUUACAACCGGCUGUCUCAAAGUGCCAUCAACGCCCGAUGCCGAAUAUUUGCCAGAAUUGUUGCACAACAUCACAAUCGGCAAUGACAACGAAAUGCGUUUGCUCAAUCAAUUUCUACGUCAGUCCUCCAUUUCGAGCCCUUCAGCUUCUCCUGCUAGCAGCGCAGGCAGUGGCACAGCCUCUUUGCAACAACGUGAACGUCAACCGCAACGCCACAGCAUGCCUCCCUCGACAACAGCCAUAAUUACCACACCUGCUACUCCACCAGCAACAAUUGUUAGCGCCGCUGCCGCACAAGCCGCUGCAGCUGCCGCAGAAUCUCAAGGCCCUAUGCCGCACUCGACAUCCUCGGCUUUAGUUAAGGUACCACCACAUCCUCCACCUUCAUUAAUUCCCGCAGUUGCGGCGGCAACAUCGCGUAGCACACCAGAAUCCUCAACCGCCACUGAUAGUGACGAUUUCUCACCGCAGAUUCAUCGCAAACGUAAAGGUGUAUGUGCACGUGACAUAUUGCCACGUUUCUCCAUAUCUAUUGAGGACGAAACGGUGAGUGGUGGCUCAUCGUCGGCGGAGAACACACGCGAACAAUCGCCACUUGCGUUGCAACAUCAUCACAAAUCAAUGGAUGGUCAUUUGGGCAAACAUCGUUCGCGUUCGAUUGUCAAGUCUGCAUCGGCGCUGGGUUUAUCGUUGAUGUCCAGCGCUGUGGAUAACCAGCAGCUGGCACAGCAGUUGUGCGGUAUUGCGGCUGGCAUACAAUCACCUGGCUCAGGCGCCGGUGGUGGCGGUGGUGGUAAUGGCGGUUCUAGUACAGCUAGCUCACGCGAUACUUCGCCUUGCCGGGAUCUUUCACCGUUAGUUACUAACUUGAAGCCACCGAUAAUUAUAAGACGAGGUCCACGUGGUUUUGGUUUUACCGUGCAUACAAUUCGUGUUUAUUAUGGCGAUACAGAUUUCUAUACAAUGCAUCAUCUCGUGAUGGCCGUGGAGGAAGGUAGUCCCGCUUUCGAGGCUGGUCUGCGGCCUGCCGAUUUGAUUACACACGUUAAUGGCGAAUUGGUGCAAGGGCUCUAUCAUACACAAGUCCUGCAGUUGCUGUUGAGUGGUGGUGAGCAUGUGAAUUUGCGUGCCACGCCUUUGGAACAUACAAGCAUACAGAGUGGCGGUCGUAAGCGUGAUUUAAUGCAAAGUAAGUUGGCCAAGAAGGGUGUGAAUAGGCAGAAAAAGCAAACGAAAAAGGAGCACGACAAGAAACGCAAAACUUCACUAUUUCGGCGGAUUAGUAACAAACGCGCGUCGGCAGAGAUACAACAGAUCGCAGCUGGCAUAGCUGGUUCUCCGACCAAUCCCGCAGUUGCAUCGGUUGUCAGCGGCUCUUGUGGCUCCGCCGCCUCUAGCAAUGUAAACGCUCGCAAUCUAUCGCCAAUGGAUUCAUCUUAUCAUAGCAGCAGCUGCUGUCAAUCAGCCGGUAAUUCUUCGCAAUCUACUUCGCCAUCAUCAUCAGCGCCAAAUACACCCACUUGCGGCAGUGGCAACCAAACACAGCCCUCGCUUGUUAGUACUUCAACAAAAGCAGCAGGUUUAACAAUUUCAACCAGCGGCGCAGGUGUUAUGCUGCCGCAUGGCGCCACCAGUUCUGCUGCCAUUUUACCCACAGGUGCCGUGGGUGGUAAUAUACCAGUAUCACCCACAUCGGUGCCACAACUUUAUCAACGCCCAUCAACUUUGCAUGGCCUGAAGCAUAAAUUGCAUACAGCCGCAUGUGGCGCAAAUAAUGCUGUUGUCGUUUGUCCCACAGGUGGUAGCGGUGUUGGUGUGGUUAAAUCGCUACACACAAGCGCAAGCGGCGCUUUACCACCAAAUCGACGCAAAUCGGUUGGACAUAUACCCUUGUCGCCACUAGCACGCACACCUUCACCUUCACCGCUACCAGCAUCACCGACACGUUCACCCUCACCGCUAGCUUUUCCCAUUGUUGGCCAUCAGCCGGGUGCCUCGAAUACAACACAAUCCUAUAGCCCAGGCAGUUCGCUGCCCGCUGUGCAAACUAUAGCGAGUGGUUCGAAAAAGAGCGGUUUUGUGCGCACGAAAAGCGGUGAGCCCAGUUCGCCGUUGCUACGACGCGCGCUCUCGCCCGAUCGUCUGCAUCCACGUAGUGCAGAAGCGAAAUGCACGCUAAUAUCACCACUCUGCUGUUCGCCACCAAUUAAACAAACACAACAACGUGUUAUCGGUGGUGUUUGGCGUCCUACAACCGGCUCUGGAGCAACUGUUGGUGCCAGCAGUGGUGCUGCUGCUGUUGGUGGCGUAGUUGGUAAUACGGCAGCUAAUGCAGUAACUACGCUGCCACCUAUAAAUGCCAUGCAACAAGGUUUUACAUGUAUUGGUGGUGGUUCCGCCGGUGUUAUUAAUAACAGUAAUGCUAAUGGCGCUGCAGCGGCAGCAACUACUGGUGUGAAUAUAGAUACAACAUCUGAAUCUCAAAUAUCUGGCGCUGGUUUGUUGAAUAUAGUUGAACAAGCUGGCGCAGCGGUUAGUACACCAACAAAUAUUGCUUUGCCUGCACCUGGUGAGAUGUUGCCGCGCAUUGCCGAGGAAAAAGAUUCGCCUACCAGUACACACGAAUCGGAGGAGGAGUUGACACCAUUAGUCCCAACUACGCUCACCAAUGUAGCUAGUACCUCUGCGUUGGGCGUUUUAAGUGUAAUGCAAACAAUUGAUGAGCAUGGCGAUGAGUUGUCAGGUGGCGGCAGUGAAGCCGCGAGUAUAGCUACGGCAAAAAGGCAGCACGAUACUGGCAGUGCAGUGCACGAUUACCAAAAGAAAAAUGAAAAGAAUGUUGACGAAAAGUAUGCAACAUCUACUGCUACGCCUAAAGUCUGUGCCGAUACGAAUAUGCGUACCAGCAGCAACACUUCGACAACGAGCAGUCGCAAGGAGUACACGACAGCUACUAAAUCGACAACAACAACAACCAUUGCUGCUUCUGCCAAGCAGAAGUAGUAAUUUUUUUUUUUUUUUAGAAAAAGGCAAUUAUUGUUGGUGAGCAGGCGAAUAUAAAAAGAAAAAAAUACAAAAGCAAAAGUCGCUGAGACUAAAACGAGUAUUUUAUUAUAUUUGAAUUAUUUUCUAUUCUAUCUAUUUUGUAUAGUGCAAAAAUUUGUUUCUGCUUAAUACGAUUUCCCUUUGAGGGGAAGUAAGUUUUGUGCAAACGUUAAAAGUUGAAUGUUAAUUAUUGAUGUAAGCAAUUAAGCAGCUUGAGGUGUGAGUGAGCACACGCAUGAAAAUGACGGCGAUCAACGUGGCGGUUUGGGGGUGGGGAGAAGUUGCGAAGCUAAUGAAUUUUGUUAAAUGACCGACAAGACUUGUUGUGGGUGUAAAAUUUUGUAAAAUUUGCAUUAAGCAAAUAAGAAAUUUCACACGACUUUUUUUUCAUUUCAUUUAACAUUAUUUAACGCUAAAGUUAUACCAAUCUAUGCGUCGUGUGUUUGUGUACAAGAGGGUGUGCUGCGACAUGUACUAUACUAUUAUAUUAUUUUUAUUUGUUAACUAAUUGAUGUGGUGGCACAUAUGGCUGUCGUACGAACGUUCAACGCCCAUUCGAAGCGAUUUGCUAUUUUUAUUACUAUUAUAUUAUUAUUAUUAUUAUUAUUAUUAUUA